AUGUCUUCUAUGAUUACAAAGUUCUCUUCAAUUCCCGAAUCGUUAAUAGAUUAUAUUUUCGUUUCGACAAUUUCAAUUAUUAAGGACAACAACAAACCAAAAACAUCACAAAAAUUACCAAAAUUAAUUGAUUUCAUUAGAAAAAUCAUCAACGACCUUGAAAUACCAAUCAUAACAUUGACCAUAAGUUUAAUUUACAUCCACAGAUUUAAACUUCAAUUGCCAAAAAAUUACAAAACUGAAAAUGAUACACCUCAUAAAAUUUUCAUCAGCUCUAUACUGAUAGCAAGUAAAUACAUUGAUGACAAACCUUUGACAAGUGGAAAAGUUGCCAUGGCGAUUGAUAACAAUCUUUGGACAAUUAAAGAAAUUAAUAGAAUGGAAAGGGCUUUUUUAAGUUAUAUUCAAUGGAAUCUUGUAAUUAAUAAAGAUGAUUUAGAAUCGUAUUUAAAUGAAUUAAGAAAUCAAAAAAUCGAUCUUAAAUCUUAUUUAUACGCUAAACAACAAUAA